CUGACACAAGUUGGAAGGAAUUGGCCUGCCAUUGGUGAGUUUGUAUCAUGGAGACACGUCAACGGAAUCAACCGCGUUUGGGGUGUCAUGCACUGUGUGUCAACCCCGGGGUUCCCUGCAAAGAGACUGACGGCCUCGUCGGAAGCCGCGAAUGCCCCAACACCGCCUGCCAGGAGUAACUUCCACACCUACACCCUCGAGGUUGACCGCACCGCUGAGCUCGAGGCUGUGAGGUGGUUCGUUGAUGCAUUCUAUUCUGGCAAGUCGUUGAGACCGAUUUGCCCGCAGACGUUUGGACCCAGGCGGUCCACUCGCCUCACUUCAUUCUGCUGAACUUCCCUCUCGCCUAAUUUUUCUUGGCAUCUGCUGUUAGUGAAUGAGUGAGCCUACCACCAAAUUACUAACAGCCGAAAACUCUUCACC